CAGGGAAACGAAAAAAAAAGAAAAAAGAAAAACCCGCGGCCUUCGCAGUGUCGGUGUGUUCUGCACCCGGACACGGAACAAAAUACGACCAACUUCUUACCAAGAAGCUAAAGAAAGACUGGAUAGAACAGAGCAAAGGACUAUCUCGUGAAGGUGCUGCAGGAGCACAUCGCUUUGAAAGUAUGUAAAGAAGAGCAGUGACUGAGAGUGUUUUUCACUAUUACCACUUGAGACAAUGGCAUAUUCAAAUUACAGCAGUUUAAACCGUGCUCAGCUCACCUUCGAAUACCUGCACACUAAUUCGACAACACACGAGUUUCUAUUUGGAGCUUUGGCUGAGCUUGUAGACAAUUCAAGAGAUGCAAAUGCUACAAGGAUUGACAUAUAUACAGAGAAAAGGCCAGACCUUCGAGGAGGCUUCAUGCUUUGUUUCUUGGAUGAUGGGACUGGAAUGGACCCAAGUGAGGCAACACACGUGAUUCAGUUUGGCAAAUCCAGCAAGAGGUUUCCCGAGUCCACGCAUAUUGGCCAGUAUGGAAAUGGCCUUAAGUCUGGUUCAAUGCGUAUUGGCAAAGACUUCAUCCUAUUCACAAAGAAAGAUGACAAAUUAACGUGUUUAUUUCUGUCUCGAACAUUUCAUGAAGAGGAGGGGCUGGAUGAGGUUAUUGUUCCAUUGCCCAGUUGGAAUCUAAAGACUCAGCAGCCUCUUACUCAAGACCCGGAGAAAUAUGCGAUUGAGACAGAACUUAUUUUCAAAUACUCUCCUUUCAAAAGUGAAGAACAGCUUUUCCAGCAGUUCAAAAAAAUCGAGGGAGCAAGUGGGACACUGGUUGUAGUUUAUAAUCUGAAACUUAUGGACAACAGAGAGCCUGAAUUGGAUGUGCAGACAGAUCACCAAGACAUCCUGAUGGCAGGGACACCUGUGGAGGGAGUGAAGCCCGAAAGACGGUCUUUCCGUGCCUAUGCAGCUGUUCUGUACAUUGAUCCUAGGAUGAGGAUCUUUAUUCAGGGGCACAAAGUCAGAACCAAGAGGUUGUCCUGCUGCUUAUUUAAUCCUAGGAUGUAUAAAUACACAUCAACCCGCUUCAAAACACGUGCAGAGCAAGAAGUAAAGAAAGCGGAUCACCUUGCAAAACUUGCCGAAGAAAAGGCCAGAGAAGCAGAGAGUAAAGCUCGUGCUCUGGAAUUAAAACUGGGAAAUGAUUUAUCUAAAGAGGCCAGGGCUGCUUUGAGAAAAGCACAAGAUUCAGCUACAGCACUUCGUGCAGAAGCUAUUCGAAAACAAGCCAUUCAUGCAUCUAAACAGAAGGCACUAAAGGAACCCAAAGAGCUGAAUUUCAUCUUUGGCGUGAACAUUGAAAGGCGAGACCAAGACGGCAUGUUUAUCUACAACUGUAGUCGACUCAUUAAGAUGUAUGAGAAGACCGGACCACAGCUAGAUGGUGGAAUGGCAUGUGGUGGAGUAGUAGGGGUGGUAGAUGUUCCCUAUCUUGUAUUAGAGCCAACACAUAAUAAGCAAGAUUUUGCAGAUGCAAAAGAAUACAGACAUUUACUAAGAGCUAUGGGAGAAUACCUUGCACAGUACUGGAAGGACAUUGGUAUAGCUCAAAAAGGCAUAGUGAAGUUCUGGGAUGAGUUUGGCUACCUGUCAGCCAACUGGAAUGCUUCACCUUCAAACGAUCUUCGGUUCCGCCGGCGCAGGGCCAUGGAGAUUCCUGUGACAAUACAGUGUGAUAAAUGUCUGAAGUGGCGUACGUUGCCGUUUCAGAUGGAUGCUGUGGAUAAGCGUUACCCAGAUAGCUGGGUCUGUCUCAUGAACCCUGAUGGAACGCAGGAUAGGUGUGAUGCCCUUGAACAGAAGCAAAAUUUACCAGUUGGUGUUUUGAAGAAAGACACAAAAACUUCAGAAGACAAACAAAAAGAGCUCUCUGAAAGAAUUCGCCAGCAACAGGAGAAAUUGGAGGUUCUACAGAAAACCACAACUGUUAAAUCGGCAGCAGAUGUAAAACGGCUCCCACUAGACGUGACUGCAAAGAUUAUAGAGGAGCGUACAUCUCAGACUGCUACCCGGUCGUCGCAGCGUGCAGCAGCUCGUCCUCGUUCACCUCCACUUCCCGCCGUGGUCAAAAAUGCUGCCAGUCAACCGCCUGCAGCUAAAACUCCACCUUCUAAAUCUACUGGACCUGCCCGUCCCACUAGAACUCCACCAGCUGCUACCACUACAGCCAAAGCCAAACCACCCCCCACCCCACUUCCCAAAUUGAUGAAAGCCACCACUAAAACCUCAACUCCACCUUUAAAAGCAUCAGCUCGCAAGAGCAUAACUCAAACACGCAAUACAACGUCAUCCGUUACAAAGACAACCAGACAGACGGCAGCUAGCAAGAAAGGAAGUGUCAAGAAAGGAAAAUCACAGAACAAAGUUGAAGAGGAAGAAAGUGAAGAGGAAGAGGAGGAGGAGCAGGAAGAGGAGGAGGAGGAGGAGGAAGAAGAAGAAGACAAAGAAAGUGAAGAAGAGCCACAACCCAAGAAAUCCAAACUGGCUCUAGCGACUCAGCCUCGUGGCAAGGGAACAGUAGAGAAGAAGGUCCUGCCAACCAAACAAGCGAAUAGCACAGAGCGAGUCAGCAAUAGCACAGAAGAAGAUUUAAAACAAGAGGCACUGAAAAAUGGCCUUAAAGAUAAAGGCUUACAGGUGGAGGCAAAGGUGAAUGGAGAAUGGUUCACUGGUCGGGUGACCGCAGUAGAAACAGGAAAAGAGAGUGUGCGCUGGAAAGUAAAGUUUGAUUACGUGCCCAUGAACACCCCACGAGACCGCUGGGUGUUUAAAGGCAGCGAGGAUGUUCGCCUUAUGCGGCCUGCCUCACCAGAAUCACGUAGUCCAGACACCAAUCAGGGCCCAGCACGGUCUUUGACUCCGCCCACCACAGCAGAGCCUGAUACAACCCAGAGUGGCCCAAGCAGAGAAACUGCAGAAGGCCUAGUCUCUAUGAUGAGGACGUUGCUGCGGUACUUCUACCCACCCGAUUUCCGAAUCCCAAAAGAUUCUGUGAACACUAUGAGUGCUGAAGACCUUGUGGCUUUCCCUAUUAAAGAGUAUUUUCAGCAAUAUGAGGCAGGGCUGCAGAAGCUGUGUAACUCUUACCAGAGUCGCGCUGAGUCUCGAGCUCGGGCUGUGGAGGAAAAGAGCAAUGGAGCAGAAGCUAAACUCAGAGAGUCUGAAGAAAAACUGAGCAAACUCAGAACAAACAUCGUUGCACUGCUGCAGAAAGUCCAGGAGGAUAUUGAGAUCAGCAGUGAUGAUGAGCUGGAUGCCUACAUAGAGGAUCUGGUCACUAAGGGCGAAUGAAACACUGCAGCACUUGCUCCAGCUCUCCUUGUUUUCCUUUGUCUAUAUAAGUGGUAUCCAAUCUUUUCCACAAAGGGCCAGUGUGGGUGCAGGUUUUCAUUCCAACUAAUCAAGGGAACACCUGAUGGUCAUUGAAAAUGAAAAUCAUUAGAUUUAAACACAUAGAAUUUGGUGUCGCUCUUGCUUAGUUGGAAGGAAAACCUGCACCCACACUGGCCCUUUGUGGAAAAGAUUGGACACCCUGGCCUAUAUGUUGCCUAAAAUCCGAUUUCCUCUUCAUGCAUAUUGUUCAUUUGUUUUUAUAAGCCUUUAAGCCUGAGAGGUCACAGUAUUUCCGUUAUGCCUCCCACGUCCAGCCUGAAGUUAGAGAUGUGCAGGCAGUAUUUUCACACAACGGUUCCUUCCCCUAGCUAAUUAACUUCUGAUGCAUAUAUUGUGAGCAUUGACCAAAGGAGCUUCUAUGCUUCGCAUCUUUCACUUCACACAGACCGUUUUGUAUGUUUAUUUGGAUAUAUAUUUCAUUCCCAGCUCUGAAAAGAUCUGCAUCAUAUAAGUAUAAGCUUGCAGCAUUAAAGGGGAAAAACUCUACAGUUACGAAGAAGGUGUUUGGAAACUAAAUUACUGUAAUUUUAUGUUCAGUCUACGCUCGCUGUUUUUAUUUUUUUUUUUUGGAUAAUGUAGGUUCCCUGUGUUUUGCAAGCAUUAGUGUGGGGUCCAGGACUGUUUAUUUUUUUUGUUUGAAUAACUACAGAAGGGUUUACCCAAUGUUUGAACAACAUUUAGUCAACGUCUUUAUAUAUAAGUAUAUUUUUUAAACAAUUUUAAGAAAAUGUUCAAAUGUUCCAAUAAAAGUUAGGAUGUUUAUGAA